AUGCCUCCCGAGGACACAAAGCAAGGUUGUGGCGGUGUGGACUGUGUGCCGCGACCAAGUACGACCACCAUGGAGAUCAAGACGGUGCUCACGACUGUCAUCUCGGGAUCUCGGUACCUUGUGCAUCCGCAAGUGCUCGGCACAAUCCAGGAAACAAUCAAUCCAGAUGUCAUCAUCCCGGUAACCGUGCUUGAACCAGAACAGCUGUACUACCACCUUGAGGGAACCCUCCGACUCUUUGACUUUUACGACGACGUCUUCACUCCCGAGUUUGGCAAUAUUCUAAUUGAAAAACCGGGUGGAAACUCGGGCGUGGCAGUUUCGUCUGUAGGCAAUGGCAAGUCGGUGAUGCGCCUGCGGAACGACAGCGUUGCGGCCGCGAAGCGUUCCGUGUCUGAUUUGCCUGCAGGACCGUAUAUCUUGCAUGGGCCGUACGUCCAUCAGGCAUGGAAGAUAUAUAACGAUACACUAGAUGCCUUCGCCUUCGGUGUAUACCCCGAACGCGUUGAUGAGAUGGAUUUAUUUCGAGUCCUUCAGCUUCCCGCCGAUAGUGAAACCAAUUACACUUCCAUUCCGGUUCCCUCGAAACUCUACAGCACUGUGCCUCCCGAGCAGGCCCCUCUGAAGGGUUACCGCUUCACUAUCCCAGACUCCAUGUCUCUCAAGGGCAUUCCAACAACCUUGUCCAGCAGUGCGUGGCACGAUCUUCACGACAACCCGGCUGGCUCGACGGCGGCGUUUGCCAAGAGGCUCAUAGACCUCGGGGCGACCAUUGUCGGCAAGACCAAAUCCUCGCAGUUUGGCUCCGGGAGAGAGUGGACAGAUGUGCCAUCGCCAAAGAACCCGAGAGAAGACGGGCAUCAAGACCCUGCGGGCGGUGCGACUGGCGCUGCGAGUUCCCUAGCCGGUUACGAGUGGCUUAGAGCAACCACUGGCAUCGACGCUGUCGGGCAGGUGUUUGGUCCAGCCGCCGCUCAAGGGCUAUUUGCGCUUCGAACAUCAUCCGGGCUGCUACCCUUGGACGGCAUCCAACCCAGUUUCACGCAACGCUUACCAAUGGGCAGCACAUACGAUAGCAUGGGGAUUUUCGGCACAGACCUCUCAGAACUGUUCCACGACGCGGUGGCUGUUGUCCACAAGUCCCUAGCAAGUCCGGCAAUUUCCUUUCCCAAGAAGAUAAUGUACUUGACAGACCUCUCAAGCGCAGAUGACGAGAAGGAUGACAAAUAUGAACAAUUUCUCGCCGCAGUGGAGGCUUUCCUGGGAAUAAAGUCAACGAGACUCAGUUUAACACAGACUUGGGCUUCGAAACCACCUGCAGAAGCCAAAGGCCAAGGGCUACAAGAGUACAUGCGAGACGCCCCGUUUCUCUCGUUUUGCUACGAGUUUUACCACCAGUACGACGAGUUCCGAAAGGACUACAAAGCAAAGUUUGGCAAAGACCCUGCGACAGAACUAACCGUCAAACAAAGAUGGGACUGGGGCAGCAAUGUCACGAAGUCGUUGUACGACGAAUACCAAGCCCGCCUUGACGUCUUCCGAAACUGGUUCGACAGCACCAUCAUGUCUACCAACCAUGGCGGCGACGCUAUUCUUGUCGCUGCUUAUCCAAGCCAUGCUCCCAGCUAUGGUGUGCCGAAACCAAGCAAGAUCAAGGGUGUCACACCUGACCUCCUCGCCUCCGUGUUGCGUGUCCCUCAAAUUCUAGCACCGUUUGCCCAAUUCGAGUACCAAUCCAAGGUCAGUGGCCGGCCGGAAUACCACCCUAUAUACGGCGCUGUUCUCGGCCCCAAGGGCAGUGAUACGAUGCUUGUGAAACUUGUACAAGCGGCGUUUCAACAAGCACAGUGGCGAACGAGGGUUGAUAAAGGGAGGUAUGCGUUUCCGCCAGCACAGAACGCCAGAAACGUGGAUGACAGGCCGGUAAAGGGGCCGCCGGGUUCUUUGGAGGCUGCGCGGCAGGACAUUGGGUUGCUCAUUAGAAGGCGACAGCUCAACGGAGAAUCAAUACCGGUGUUCUUCACUGCAUACCAGAUUCCGAACACGAAUCCUCCCUUGAUUGGCGUCAGCGCGAGUAACAAGGUCUUGGACAUUCCCUACACCUUGGGCCAAACGAGCGUGGAUGUAGCCGCCAACGAUUUCGACCCCAACACGGAUUUAAACAACACAAUGUACAUGAUUCAAUGUUCUCCCAAUGAGGGAAUUCUCUUCGACACAUUAUCGUCGGGGUCCUUUUUCCAAGAAGCCGUUGGACUGCUGCAAGACAACGGGCUCGCCGGCAUGUCCAACAUCACACUCAUUGCAAGCCACGAGCAUCAAGACCACACCGGAGGGCUCUCCGCAAUUGACAGCGUGGACAAACUACGCACUUCACAACUUGUAGCCCAAGAAAACAACAACGCAGUGGAACAAGCGCAGGUCAGCGUCGGGGAAGAGCAAACCUUGACUUGCGGCAAUGCCACCAUUAAUUUAUUCCACACCCAAGGUCAUACUACCGCGGGUGUAAUGGCAUGCACAGGAGACUAUUGCUUGACUGGCGAUGAGUGCGAGGACAGCGUUCCCUUUAUUGUACAGGCCAAGACUCUCGACGAUCAGGCCCGCGGGCUGGCACAGUCCAUCCAGACGAUGCGGCAGCUCAACGUCACGAGAGCUCCGCAGGCACACGGGAACAUGCAAGCCGUCGCCAACGGGAAUCUAGGACUACGAGUCUGUGAAUCAAACUUGUUGUAUAAGCAGAAGAUGGUGGAUGAGUUUGCGACGCUGUGCCCCCGGGGUUCUGAUAUUUCGCUCAACGAACUGGCCGAGCAGAUCAACAGAGACGAGGCGGAAAUAACUGAGGAGUACUACGGUGUACACAAGGGCAACUGUGACUCUGUGCGAAAAUCAAGGCGGUAA